CGAAAUCCUCCAUCACCCCCAUCAUGAAUCGGAUAGGUAGGCUGUCCCUGCCGUUGCGACCGCCGGUAUGUCUGUUCUGUCAGACUCGGACGACAAUCCUUCCCUCUUCGCCGACAGGGCAGGCCAUCCGCACCAUGGCGACAGGUCGCCGCAAACCCGCCGCCCGAAUGGCCCUAUCCUCGAACGUCGCAAAAACUUCCUUGAAAGAGAAGCGGUCUGAUCGGCGCGGAGCUGGCCCGUUCCAAGGCAUGAAUCAGACAGACGCUCGGAUACGUGGGCCGCCGCGUCCCAGAUCAUCCGCUGCUUUGAAGCGCUCGGGGGAAAAAGAGGACUCCACGGAGAAAAGUGAAAGUCCGUUGUACAAGGCGUUGAAGAUGCAGACGACUUUGACCCCGAUGCCGUACGGUCGUCGCGCGGCGGUCAAGUCCAAGAUUGCCGAUAUCACGAGUUUCGACCAGUUCCCGCUCUUGCCCGUCGUGCGCCACUCGAUCUUUGCCCAGGCCCUCCCUGGGAUGACGGACGUGACGCCAACUCCGAUCCAACGGCUGGCUAUUCCGAGUUUGAUGGAUGCGCCAAAAGGAUGGAGGAAAUCUCCCAAGGUGGAGAGUGGCGAGUAUUCUUACGACCAGUAUCUUCUGGCGGCGGAGACGGGGUCGGGGAAAACUCUGGCUUACCUGCUUCCGUUGGUCGAUGCUGUUAAGCGACAGGAGGCCGCCGACAAGGAGACCGAGCAACGUGAGGCGGAACAAAAGGCGAAGGAACAGGAAGAGAAAAUAAAGAACAACAUCUUCGAUAUCGAACCGGAACCCCCGGCGCUGUCGAAUGCCGGUAGACCACGAGCGGUCAUCGUGGUGCCCACGUCGGAAUUGGUGGCGCAGGUCGCAACCAAAGUGAAAGCAUUGGGCCACGCCGUCAAAUAUCGAUCGGGGGCAAUUUCCUCCAACCUGACCCCGCGUCGGAUUAAGAACACGCUAUUCCAUCCGGACGGCAUCGAUAUCCUGGUCACCACGCCGCAUCUUCUCGCCUCGAUCGCCAAAAAGGAGCCUUACGUGCUGAGCCGCGUGAGCCACCUGGUGCUCGACGAAGCCGACUCGCUCCUGGACCGGUCCUUCCUUCCAACGACGACGGAGGUUAUCGACAAGGUCACGCCCUCGCUGCGCAAGCUCAUUCUCUGCUCGGCGACUAUCCCCCGCAGUCUUGAUACCCUGCUGCGCAAACGGUACCCGGACAUCCAGCGGCUGACUACGCCCAACCUGCACGCGAUUCCCCGCCGUGUACAACUUGGCGUGGUCGACAUCCAGAAGGACCCCUACCGCGGGAACCGCCAGCUGGCAUGUGCCGACGUGAUCUGGUCGAUUGGCCGGGCCGGCGACACGGAGCCGAAGGGACCCUUCGACUCAUACAUGGACCCCAAGGUCAAGAAGAUCAUGGUAUUCGUCAACGAACGUGAAGAGGCGGACGAGAUCGCUUCCUUCCUGCGACAGAAGGGCAUUGAAGCUAGCUCUCUCUCGCGGGACUCCAGCACCCGAUCGCAGGACGAGAUCCUCGCGGAGUUCACCGAACAGGCCGUCCAGCCCACCGCCAAGGAGAUCAUGCAGGCCCAGAAGAAGCGACGCAUGGAAGACGCCAUUCCGUUUGAAGACGCGCAGUCCGACAGCUCGGCCUCCCGCUCGCGCACCUUGCCCAACACCCGCGUGCUGGUGACGACCGACAUUGCCUCCCGCGGCAUCGAUACGCUCCCCGUCAAGACGGUGAUCCUGUACGACGUCCCUCACAACACGAUCGAUUUUAUCCACCGUCUGGGCCGUCUGGGCCGCAUGGGCAAGCGUGGCCGUGCGGUCGUGCUGGUGGGCAAAAAGGACCGGAAGGACGUGGUGCGGGAGGUGCGCGAGGGCAUGUUCCGCGGACAGGCGCUGAUCUGAUGGAUGGAAAUGAAUGGAUUGUAUACCGUGGAUGGCGUUGGGGAUAGCAUAAAACGACAAAUACCCAUAUAUCGCGAAUAUUCAAGGGUAUGCACAUGUAUUAUAUUGUAUAAUAGACUAGAC